AAACCGGAGGGAACAACAACAGCUCUUUGGAGUCCUCCGAGAAUAAUUUGUUACUAUUCAAUCCGGCUUCGUCCGAGUUAAUAUCAGUAUGCUUUUUCUUUGAGGGAACCUGCAUCAGUUUUAUAGAGAAGUCGCGGUUUUAUCUCCAGCUGCUGCUGGCGGGCAGGCCGACGAGGACUUCGACUUCCUGGUUUGCCACAGCCGGGAUGUCGGUGACCCCUCGCCGUGUGCGCCUGAAGCCCUGGCUGGUCGCGCAGGUGGACAGCAGCCGAUACCCAGACCUGGUGUGGAUCGACCGCGAGGCCAUGCGCUUCAGGAUCCCGUGGAAACACGCCACGCGACACACGCCGCAGCACGAGGACGAGGACACCAUAUUCAAGGCGUGGGCUGUGGAGACCGGGAAGUUUCAAGAGGGAAUUGAUGAACCUGAUCCUGCAAAGUGGAAAGCUCAGCUUAGAUGUGCCCUGAACAAAAGCAGAGAAUUCAACCUGGUCUUCGAUGGCACCAAAGAGGUUCCCAUGAAUCCUUUGAAGAUAUAUGAUGUCUGCGACAUCCCACCGCCCUCUAUAAACCAAGCCUCCUCAGACGCUGGUUCUUGGACUCCACAUGAGGAAGAUGGUGGUGAUGAAGAUAUUCCAGAUACACCAGAGUCUCUCCCUCCAUACCCAUCCAAUGGCACUAGUCCCUCUCCUCUUAUUAUGUGGUCUCCUAGCUCAGAGUCGCAGCAUUCCAGUUGUCCCCCUUCAAAUGAGGCCUGGCCCAAAGAGGAGUCUGUUAAAAUCUGGCCUAAAGAGGAGCCUGUGGAUGUGGAGAUGCACCCAACUCCCAUGUUGCCUCCGGCUCCCCUGCCCGAUCACUCGAUGCAACCCCCUCCUCUACCCGACGCCUUUUUUGCCUCUCCAGAAAUGUGGAUCAGUUCCCUCCCGAUGACGGACCUGGAGGUGCAGUUUCUGUACAGAGGGAAGGAGAUGUGCCCCACAGCCAACGUCAGUAACCCGCAGGGCUGCCGGCUGUUCUACGGAGACCUGGGCCCCAUGGUCAACCAGGAGGAGCUAUUCGGGCCGGUGAACUUGGAGCAGCUACGCUUUCCGACCACCGAGCACAUUACCAAUGACAAGCAAAGGGUUUUCACUAACCGCCUGCUGGAUGUGAUGGACAGAGGCCUCAUCCUGGAGGUCAGCGGUCACGAUAUCUACGCAGUGCGUCUCUGCCAGUGCAAAGUGUACUGGUCUGGCCCCUGUGCUCCAAAUCCAGCGGCUCCAAAUCUUAUAGAGCGUCAGAGGAAGAUCAAACUCUUUUGCCUGGAGUCAUAUCUCAGUGGAGUGAUAGCCCACCAGCGUGGCCAGAUACCAAGCCCUCCUCACUUUGAAAUUAACCUGUGUUUUGGAGAGGAGUGGCCUGAUGGGAGGCCCAAAGAGAGGAAACUCAUCAUGGUUCAGAUCAUUCCAGUGGUGGCCCGGAUGCUGAGCGAGAUGUUUUCUGGAGAAAACACGCGGUCCUUCGACAGCGGCAGCGUUCGCCUGCAGAUCUCAAUUCCAGAUAUCAAAGACAACAUAGUGACCCACCUCAAGCAGCUGUACUGCCUGCUGCAGAACCACCAGGGCCAGGAUGGCUGGACGUUGCCCCCCGGCCCAGGCUUGAACAUCGUCCAGACUCUGCAGGCCCAGUGAAGCACUGUGAACUCCAACAUAACAUAUAUCACUGUAUGUUUCUCACUGCGACUGGAAGGUGCAGAUUGUUGGCCAAGCAGUACUGAUGUGGAACCGUAUUUAGAAGUGUGGACACUAUACUGUCGGAUUCUUGUUCUUUUCUCGAGUGAUAUUCUGCGACGAGGCUUUUCUGUAUAUAAAGUAGUCGAUCCUGCAUCAGGUAGCAGAGACCGAUGUGGCGGCUGCUCGGGCCAAAGUCCUGCUUGACGUAAUGGAACAUUUAACAUAGUGAAUGAGUUACAGGAGUCGCCCUGUGCCGUAUUUAUCCAAAACUGGGUCUGUGAUUACUAAUCUUUCCUGGAGUCGAGAAACUGUGCAGAAUACCUUUUUAUCUUGUUUUGAAACGACACAACUCUCAUGGGAUUUGUAUACGUUGGAUAAAAUUAGCCAAAUAUGAAUUAAGGUCUGACUUGCUUUUUCUUCUCUACAUGUAUGACUUAACAGCCCAUUCUUAUUCUGUUUUCUGGUCACCUGGCCUGCAGUCUUGUAUUCAGUUGAUUUAUUUUUCCUUUAAAUAAGGUUAUUGUAGGUUAUCUUUGAAUUCACAUCUUUGAUUUUUAGGUCAUGUAUUUGUAUCUAGGCAGCCAUUAAACAACAUUCAUCUUUUUGGAUAUGUUUUAAUAAGGAUGCCACUGCACUUUGAGGUGCUGAAUUAUGUUUUACGUCUCGUAGAAUUCAUCCUGUGAUUGCAUGUUUAUUUUAUCAAUAAAAAAAAGAACAAAUACA